AUUUUCUAGUGAAUUUAGUUUUCUUUAUAUCGAGGAACGAACAACUAUUAGAUUUGGUGCAUCUCGAUUAAUUCACCAGAUGAUGAAAUCCGUCCGAGCGUACUUGAAUAGUCCAAUGGGUCCUAAAACAACUCACUUUUGGGGUCCUAUGGCCAAUUGGGGAUUUGUAAUCUCUGGAAUGAUGGAUACAAAAAAGACCCCAGACGCAAUAUCUGGCAACAUGACUGCAGUGUUGUGUAUAUAUUCGAUGUUGUGUAUGAGAUUUGCAUGGAUGGUGAGGCCUCGAAAUUAUAUGCUGCUAGCUUGCCAUGCUGCUAAUGAAUCUGUACAACUCUACCAAAUUUCCCGUUGGCUUCGCUAUAGGAACCUCCAACCAAAGGAAAAGGCAGCGGCUUCUGAUUAGUUACUAAAUAGCACGGAUUUAAGUAUUAUUUUUGUAAUAAUUGAUGUAACAUUAAAAUUUGAAGAGAUAAUCAAAAUUCUAAUAUGAUUUUCAAAUAUUUUAAGUUAUUAA